AUGAUGCAUGUAGUGUGUGUGUGCUGCAGCUGGAGUGGGCCCAGACCAGGUAUUUAUAGACGCCACAUUAACCUUCCGUCCAGUUGUCACCUGUGCUCUGAAAAACUGUCUGCGAUCAUUCUGGAAACUCAAGACUUUGUCCUGUUCAAUCUGGUUACAACUAGCCUGUAUGUACAUGUAUACGUAUGUUGCUGUAUGCACACAUGGCAUAAAUUCUGUUAAAAUGUGACUGGUUGUUGGAACAGUCCAGGGGGAAAUCUUAGUGAAAAGUAUUCAGUGCCUACUACCUCUGAGAGCCGAAAACACUGAAGAAGAAAAGAAGUGAAUGCAGCACUGUCCCAGCAAUUUGUUGUAGAUAUAUGAUUCUUUUUAAACCUUUGGGGUUUGUUUUGUUUUGUUUUGUUUUGUUUUUCAAAAAAGCUGGAAGUCCUCAAAUGUUUGAAGUUCAUAAAAAGGUUAUGUUUUCAUUUUAUUGAGCAGAAAUGGGAAGUUGAACCAAAUGGCUUCUCCAGAAUCAUAGGUGGUAAUAGGUGGCCUGGGCAUUGCUCGUGCUUUCUUGCCAUCCCAUUCUUUGGACGAUGACACAAGAGGAUCCAAGGUUUGAGCCCAAGCUGAACUGUAUAGUGAAAGCAUCUUUAAAAUAAAUGUUGACAUAAUACACUUGCUAAUUUUAUCUGACAAUCUGACACAGGGCUUUUUAAAUAAGGGUUUGGAGGCUGGUUGUAAUUAGAUUUAUAGCAUAAUAUUCAUUCUGUCUGUCUGUCUCUGUCUCUCUCUCUCUCUCUCUGUCUCUCUCUCUCUCUCAUUUUAAGGACAUUGGGCAUAGUUGCUGUCCCUUAGCAUUUUUUCCUAACCCCUCUGGUACUAGUGUUUCAGUGCCAGAGGAUGGCACACAUGCUGCUCUGACAGUAAGUACAGUCUGCCUGGGCACCUUCACCGCUCCUGCUUUUUUGGGGCGCACAGGUCCUUGACACUGAACCCAGAUGGUACGUGAUGCUGUGGUGCUGACCUGGACAUUCUUUUGCAGUGUGCUCUUUUAUGAUAGCGUUAGUCCAGAAUUGAGUGUAUUUCACAGUCGGCUGUAUUGAUUAUUGGAUAAAAACCUAAAGACUUGCUGUAUUUACAGGACGUAGUUUAAACAGAGACAAAACAAUCCUAUUUUUAGCCAAUGUAAGGUAGUUCCUUAAGAAGUCAGUCAGUGCCUUGAGGUGGUGCCACUGGGCUUUGAUGCCAGCAUUUGGGAGUCAGGCAGGUAGAUCCCUGAGUUCAAGGCCAGCCUGGUCUACAGAGUGAGUUCCAGUACAGCCAAAGAAACUCUCGAAAAACAAACAGAAAGGACAGCAUAGCUGCAUGAGAUCUGUCUCAACCCAAAAAGAGAAGCCAACUUCGAGCAUGGCCCAGCCUCUGACACAGCUCUGCAGGGAUUAGUUGAUUAGAGUGACUUUUACAUCGUAACUGCGCUCUCUGUGCCUUCGAGAGUGGAAAUCCAGCUGAUGUUAGUGUUCAGCACAAAGCAUCUGCAGUGAAUUUAACAAUCCAGGAGCCAAUGUUUCCAGCUUGAUAGCAGUCUAUGAUUUUUAAUGAAAGACACCAUGGGUGGUUAGAGGCUAGUUUUUAAUAGCACCAGAGGAGUUGGACCACUGUGGUGUCCACACUGAUGUCCCCAUCAUGUUUGAAGGGCAAUCAAAUUAGGGUGAGUCUAAGUUAUUGUUGCCUAUCAGGAAACUAUCACACUGUUCCAUAAAGUCCUUGUUAAUUCUGUUGUGCUGUAUCAGAGUCACAGCCUUUGGAAGCUGGGUAUGAUUCUGCAUGUUGUAAUCCCAUCACUCAGACUAAAGCAGGAAACGCCACAAGUCUCAGGCUCAGCAGACUGCAUUACAGAGCUGGAGGUGUGGUUGGACUAGCAGAGAACCUCCUGGCAUGGAGAAAAGCAGUAAAGAAUCUACCUCACUGGGAACGCCAUCAUUGCUGACUUCAGAAGGACUCAACCAUCCAGCUCCUUCAGGGCACAGUCCUGAGGUUGGUAGCCCUACGAGUCUCGCUCGCUCUGUCUCUGCUUCCGUCUGCGCCAUCAAGCCCAGUGACCCCAAUAGCAUUGGAUCUCCAGCUGUGGAGGCGACAAAGGCUUCAGCUGAAUUCCAGACAAACUCUAAGAAAACAGACCCUCCUCUGCAGGUCCUCCCUGAUCUCGCUUCCUCGGCAGAACGGAGUCUGGCUAUGCCUUUGCAUAAUUCAUCAGACGAAGCAUUUGUUACAGGUAAUUUGGAGAAAUCUGCUGAAAAAAGAACCCAGGGCCUCAGAGUUUAUCUCCACACAAGACAGGACGCUAGUUUAUCUCUCACAACUACUGGGACGCAUGAGCCACAGAUAUUUGUGGAGGAAAAGAGUUGGCAUCCAGAAAAUCAGAACUCAAGUCAAGUGAACGGCCUUCAGCAGCACAGAGAAACAGAGCGUGUGCAGCGUGAGCCUGGAGCGCAGAGCGUUCCAGGUGACCGGGAGUGUCUCUGUCACACAGAAGACCUUGAGCUUCAGGAAGAAGCUGUCGGUUGGGAAGCUGUGAUGAAAGGCAGUGGGGCACUACUGAGCACCGCUCAUCUUCUCAGUGCAGAGGAAGGUCUUCCAGCUCCAGGGCGCUGUAGCUGCUCCUGCUCAGAAGCCCUGAUGGAGGUGGAUACAGCUGAACAGUCUCCAGUCGCUAGCUGCAACUCCACAGGCAGGCCCGUCAUCACGAGCCCAGGUGUGUCACAUGUCACUUCAGAGCAUCCCUCUAUGGAAGUAGAAACGUCACAGUGUAACCUCUCCUGUGACCGCGUGGAACAUUCCAUCUUGACUCGGGAUUUGCAGCUCCCAGAUAAUGUUGAAAUGUCUACAAUGGAUAACAAAGAUGACCGCUCCUCUUCCCCUCUCAGUGGCCAUGGUCAGCCCUCUCUGGAGUCAGCAGAAGAAUUUUGUUCAUCUGUCACAGUGGCCUUGAAAGAACUACAUGAGCUUUUGGUCAUUAGCUGUAAGCCAGCUUCAGAAGAUUCACCUGAGGACAUCACCUGUCAGUCAGAAAUAGCAGCUGAGAGCCAAGCAAGCAUUUCAGACCUUACAGGCAGGAGUACCCAAAGCGAGCAUCUGACCCCUAGUGACCAGCACCCACAAGUCUCCUGUCCCCAGGCCACCUCUGAGUCAGAAAAGACAGAAAUCUUAGGAGCUGCACCCCAUGCUGCGGGAGAAGAUGAUACAUCCACUGGCUUUGGAGGUCUAGGUGAUGGCUUGUCACCUGGCCAAGAAGGCCUCCCCAGAUCAACAGAGUCAGUCAGGAAGAGCUGUUCUGUUGCCAUAACCUCGGCUAAACUGUCUGAGCAGUUGCCCUGCACCUCAGGUGUGGAGAGCUCACUGGAGCUUGCAGCAGGUGAGGAGGGGGCCCACAGUCAGCCUUCUGAGCAUGUGCAGAAUCCAGGCCCAGACAGGCCCGAGACCAGCACUGUCUGCCCCGGAGCUGUGUUGCCCUUCGGUGGAUUGGACCAACCUACCACACAGUCCUUGUCCACUCCCUCUACUCUUCCACCCUUUGUCUUUCCUGCUGCAGAUGUGGACAGGAUUCUUGGUGCCGGCUUCACUCUGCAGGAAGCUCUCGGGGCUUUGCAUCGAGUUGGUGGGAACGCAGACCUUGCACUUCUUGUUUUGUUAGCAAAGAACAUUGUAGUCCCUACAUAAUUGUGGGAAAGUGGGCUAGGCCACGUCUCAUUCCUUUUGAAAAAGCCCUUUUCACACAAAUAUGCUCAAUACACAUUCUCUCUCUCUCUCUCUCUCUCUCUCUCUCUCAUACACACACAAUAUGUGUAGAAAAUCUGCAAGCAAAAUGUUGAGCCAGAUUUUUUUUCCGGCCAAAGUAAUUUAUGAUCUUUUGUCUGAUGAAUUUGUCUAUCCUACUUGUUAAAUUUUGGGCCUUUUAAUUGUAUUGGCAGUGUGUGCAUACAAAAGCUUUUUAUUCUCAUUAAGAUGAUGUAUUCUGGAAUAAAGCGGAUGGUUUUGUGUAUAGCACACCAUUUUAGAAUGAGUGAAUGCUUUGAAAGCAGGAGUCAUGAGGAGCCUGCCUGCCACCUAUGGAGCUAGGACAGAUGAGCUGCCGUGUGGCUCUGGCUGUGCUGCGUGCAGGUAUGGGCUGUUAACAGGAAGCUGGAGAAGAGAACUUUAGAGUUGGAUGUUUUAAGGAGAAGGUAAUAACUUCCAGAGUUGUAUGUUUUGAUUUGUGUGCUCAGGGUUGACAUUUAAAUAGGGUGAGUGGGAGGGCUUAAACCUUGGGCUGUCUUGUGCAUCAUAGGCUGCUGCAUGGACUGAUUGCCAAAUACUUUCAUGACCAUGGGUAGUGUGUGGGGAAAUUCACAUGAGAGUGAAACAUGGUGCUACUUGUAUUUAAAAAGGGAAGGGGAAACCGUGGUCGUAAUUCCAUUUGUAAGUGUCAAGGACUGUGAGUUAAAGAUAAUGGCUUAGACAAACAUGGGCGUGUACUAGAGACAGGGUUGAGGUAUCUCACACCCUCGUUCGCUGGUAGUGAUCGGGGUUUGACCACCAGGAACCUGCUGGCUGUGUAAACUCAUCUGCUAAGACGUUGUUCCCGUGUUCAGUCGAGCCAUGUGAGACAGCACUGGAGAACCUUUGUCCCUGUCCUCUCAGUGCAUGGACCGAGAGUCCGUGAGUGUCCCUCGUGGCAGUGGAAAAACAAUGGAAGUUCUGACAACAGUGGCCUUGGUACAGUCUUCAUCCCUUUCUUUCCUCAGGAGUUUCUUUUCUCAGCAGGAUCCAUGUUUGUGUUCAUCGAGCUGAGCUGGAGUGGGGCAGAAUGUGUAGCUGUGUAUUGUGGCCUUUUUAGUGUCAGCUCUCGCCUUGCAAGUCGCUGUCCCAUGGGCCCCACUGUGCAAUAAUCACUCCAGAUAGGUUUUCGAGCAUCCUCUCCUGGAACAGUAACUGUUGUCUGAGGUGUCUGACAGGAAUCCGGAAUCUUGCUCUUCUUGAAAAGGAUUUUGAGGAUAAUUCCUGGUUCUGGAAUGAGAGUUUGCAGUCAUUAAAAUGAAAGUGUUGAAAUUGAAUUCUGAACUGAUUCUGUCUAAAAGUCACUAUCCCACCACCACCACCCUCUCUCAAAGCUUUUUUUUUUUUUUUUAAAUCCAUCAAAAUUGAAGUCCUCGAGCACAGACGGGUUCAUGUCUCAGGAGUUUUGGAGCAUUGGGGGCACUGACAGGGGUCUCUGUUCUUUGGUCUGUUCUUUUUGCUGCAUUGUUUGUGUGCCGAGGCACUUCAGUGACAUGGUGGCAAGUCACACCAAGCAUCAUGAUCCUUUCUGGAAUUAGGACAUGGUUGCCGGAUGGCCUUGUGGCUUCCUGCUCUCUCCAUCGGGCCCUCAGAACAUCAGGCUAGCCGAGCUAUCUUUGAGAAAAGCUUUGUCAGAUGAGCACGGCAUGUCCGCCUUUUGCCUGUUCUACACCAAAGAUGUAUGUGUGAUUCACUAGGAAAGUGCUCCCAGGAUUCUGUCACCUGACUCAGAGCAGAGCCUGAGGCAGAGGCAGAAGCAGGCAGUGCGUUGACGCCUGGCAUUGGCUUGAGGUGGGGAGGGGGUGAAUUUUAGAGUCAAAAAUCUUUGGGGUUACAGGGUGGGGUGGACAGAAGGAAGUACUGAUGACAGACUCCUCCCAGAAGGCAGAAGAGAUCGGCAUGCAAAGUCGGUGUGGCCACUGACUCCGCCACGGACGCUUGCUGGGGAGCAGCCCUAGCUGGAUUAUAGAAUCCAGUCUGGAAAAGUUUUCUUUACAAUAGCCUUUACAUAUGUACUUGUCUAAAAAUAACCAUUUUAGAAGCAGUUUGAUGGGCCAAUGAUUGUACAGGCGUUCCUAGGAAUCCUUUGAAUGAGCUUGAUGCACUUGCCAAAUCCUUUGUUCCUUUGGUGGUUUUCUUUGCAACAGAUAGUUGCUUUUGAUUCUUAAGAUCUGUCAAAUGUAAGCAAAAUCGAAGGCCAGGCACGCUGACACACCUUUCACUCUAGGAGUGUUCACUAAUGAACUCUGAGUUCAUUAGUGAGACCCUGUCUUUUCAAAAGGAGAUUUAAAAAAAAAAAUCUUUCGUCUGAAGUUUGUAUAAAGUUAGGAAUUUGUUAUUAAUUGAUUGGCUUAAACUGAGCGAGAGGACAGAGGACAUUGUGGACAACAUCACAUUAGUGGCACUUCAGAGUCAGCUUUCACUUAGUCACUCUACCAAGAGUACAAUGACAUCAUUGUGAAACCUAGUGCUGAGCCAGCCAGAUGACACCUGUAACUAACGGCAAGGGCAGCUCCUGGUCCAGACCCUUGUCAGGUGUUCCGUGGUGGCUGCUUACCUCCUGCAGCGGUCUCCAUUCACGCACCGAAGGGCUUUCUUGUAAAACUGAAGACACAAGCUGAAGGGCGGGAGAGAGGGCCCUUUGAUUCUGGGAAGGGCCAUUUCAGGACGUGCUGGCCGCCCUCUGCAGCGGCCGAAGCCUUCCUCUGGCGGGCUGAGCUCCAGAUGCUGACGGGUGAAGGCAGGAGUAGGUGCCUGGCAAAGGAAGCUUUAGUGGAUGGUUAGUGGUGUGUGAGAACCUCUGCCUCUGGUCAUCUCUAGACGCAGGAAAGGGGAGAGACAGCCCUGGGUGUCUACCCAAAACAUCCUGGCAAGAUGAUGCCUAGGAAUAGGUAGGGGACCUGGUGUCGUGGAUUUUGACUGGCUUGCAUAGCAUCUGCCUGUUAGUCCCUCUCUACAGCUUUCUAUCUCUAGCGGAAGCCAUAAGAAUUUGUUUCAACUUUUCAGCUCAUGUCUAUAAAUAAAUACUAAGCUAUCUCAAAUCUAAGGUGAUUGAUAAAUACUUUACAUAGGUUGAAAAGCAGCUCUUGUGUCUACAGAUACCUGCACGCCUGGUGGCUUUUCUUCCUACUCUGUACAUAGUAAACUGCCUUGGACAGGGCAGUACACGAGCGUCUAGGCAAGUUUCCUUUUCUGUCUUGUGUUUUCUUUGAGACAGGAUCUCGCCAUAACCCAGGAUGGCCUCAAGCUCAUGGCGGUUUCUCUGCCUCGGCCUUUAGGAUGCUAGGAUCGCAGGUGCACAUAGCAAUGCCCAGUUCACUCAGCGCAUUCCAGUGGCUACCUGUGGUGGGCAUAAACAAUGUGGCCGACUGGCUGGUGUAUCACUAGCAGCCCAUAGGGCCGAGGGGUGCGGCUUGGUGGAACUCCUGGGGAGCAUGUGAGGUCCUAGGUUUGAUCCUUACCACCGGAAAAAGUAAAAGUCAGUCUUGGGAUUUAAUAAAGUCCGAGGCUGACUAGAACCCUGUAAUUUCCCUCUCUCAGUAGUUAACAUAACAGCAUUUGGUGUUUCCUACAUCCCCUCUGAAUUACCUGACUCCCAGAGUGUCUGUAGAGCCGCAGUAAGGACUUUGGGGUGAGCCUUUGAUGUACUUGCUUUUCUUUCGUGCCUUAAUUUUUUUGAAUAGCAGAAGCAUCACAUCUUGGGAGUAUCGGGGAAAGGUUAGAGGGCAGCCCUCCUGGAGAGGACUGACUGCCACUAGAUGUGGUCCUUGGCUCCUUACCACUUUGAUUCACCCUUGCCUGCUUCAAACAUUAGGUUUUCCCGGGUAGGAGUUUCUGCAUCCUGUAUACCAAAAAAUGGUUUCUAGUGUUUCUUGUUUUCUGUUGCACCUUUUGUGCUGUGAUAGGGAGAGACCAAAUCUUACUCCUCCCAUCAAAGCUAUGCAGCAUGAGCAAGGGUUCAUCAGUGUUCAUCAAGCAUGGACUGUAGCUCAGCAGCAGCCAAACCAGACAGGAGCCUGGGCUUCGAAGCCUUCGGGGAGAUACGGGGCAGUUUUGAACUAAGAUCUGUUUUUCCUAUUAGCAUGCUAUUCCACCCCCGCCCCGGCAUGCUUUUGUUUUUGAGGAGACUUCUUACAGCCCAAACUGGCCUUGAACUAGCAAUCCUAAAGUAGCUGGGUUCACGAAGUCGUAGGCACACUCUGUAAUAUCCAGGUAGCAUGCUUUCAUUUUUAAACUUUGUUAUAUGGUUGCAGGUUAGAGCCCACUGGGAGGGGGAGAAAACAAGCCCAUGAUGGAAUUCAACGCUGUAAACCUAGAGUUGUACUCUAAAGUGCUUAGUUUUAGUGUUGUUUUAAACAAUUGGGGGCUGGUGUGGUGCCACACACCUUUAAGCUGUAAGUGCAAGGCCAGUCAGGGCUACAGAGAGGAACCGUCUUAAAUCAAAAAAAUGAAUAAAAACAGUUGAGGGUGUAGGGCAAUAGCACGGUGGUAGGCAGAAUGCUUGCCUAGCUGCAGGAAGUCCUCAGCCCAGCCCCCAGCACUGCAUAAGCCACGUGCGGGGUGCCGGUAAUUCCCAGCACUGGAGACAGGAGAGAGAAGCAGAAGUUCAAGGUCAUUCUUGACUGCGUGGGUUACAUGAAACCCUGUCACUUAAGAGUGGGUAAAGGGUCAACUGUAGCUCAGUGGUAGAGCACUUGCCUGACAUGUACAAGGCCCUGGGUUUGACUCCCAACACUGCACAGAAAGGAUUUUUUUUUAAAAGAUUAGUAGAAAUAACUGAAGAUGCUGAGGAGUUGGUGUAUAAAGCUGUGGACAGGAAGGCACAGGCAGGAGAGGUGUCCCGUGAAGGAACUGGGGGGAUAGCUGUUUCCCUUCAGGACGCAGGGUCCCAUGCAGCACUUAAGAUAGGCGAGUGUAACCCCGCCAACCCCCAGGGAGCAGAACUCAGCCGAGGCCUCUGCAGGAUGUGCAGUGUGGACAAGAGAAUCCGGAGCAGAAGUGACCGGGUGUUGGGAUGGGCAGACAGGAUUGCUCUGCCAGCUCCACAAGACUUCAACCCUCCAUUUAGGAUAGCGGGUGUGUGCACCCCUGAAGCAUAGCUUUCCGGUUAGGAAAUAUGCUUAAAAGUUGUUCAGUAAUUAAACGUGAGGGUUGGGGGUUUGUGAAAUGGGGGAGGGAGGCUGGGUGAGUUUUAGGACACCAUCUGGGUCAAACUUACCAAGAAAACGAUGGAUCAGCAUAGGAGUUUCUUUACCUGCAAAGUGUGGACCACAGACCGGAAGGCAUCGAGCAUGAGAUCAGACGGCUUCUUACUGUGAUUAAGCAGCCGAAGGAGGUUUUGAUUGGGUGACUUGGGUGAGGGGCGUGUCCCCUUUGCCCUGUCAGGUGAUGGGCAGGGUUUGGUUGCCUGAAACCUGCAAACUUGAAUGAGUGUGUCUGUGACCUGCAGAACAGACCUGUGUCCCUACAGGAGCCAGCCAGAUGUGUGUUCACGGGCUCCCUGAGCAGUCCUUAUAACCCGGAAGACAUGUGGCCUCACACUCUUCCACCCGACUAGCGAGGCUUGUGCUCUCUCCCUGUAUCCCCCGGGCGUGCGUUCACUCUGGUGAGACAUCAGAGGGAAUCUGUUGCGUUGGGUGAAUCUCCUCUACAUGUACUUUCCUUGGGAAACUAUUAGUGCAUUUGUAUCCAGAUCUCUCCAUGGCAACCUGGACCCGAUGGCUUCAACCCCCAGCAAAGGUUCCCUGGUUUUCUAGCCACAGUUGACAGAUUGUAACUAGGAAGCCCUCUUUGGCUUCCUGCAGUUGCCUGAGUGUCAUGAGGUUUUCUGGCUUCUCCUUAAGCUUUGACACUACGUCUUUUGAGAUCUAGUCUGGUUAGCAAAAUCUGCAUGCGAGUGGCCCACCCAGCCAUGCCCAGAUGCUUUGAGAGUUGGGAAAACUGAGAACUGAUAAGCUGCACUCAGGAAUCCCAAGGUCAGUCGCUGUGUGUGCUAACUGGUUAGGACUGUCUGCAGCUGAACGCACUAGAUGCCUUUGAGUUUGAUUUUUUUGUUUUUUGUUUUUUUGUUUUUGUUUUUUUUUUUUGUCAUAUUUUGAAAUGUAAGUCAGCCCUGAAUAAUCCAAACACUUUAUUUUAUUUUUCUUCUUUAAUAGGAACUUUCUGAAGAAAACGUGAUGUGUAAAACCUUUGAUAUUUAAGACAAUAAAGUUUUUAUCAUAAGA